AUCACAACUGUCAGUGGGUAACGAACUUUGUUCAAAUCAAGUGUUUUGGUAAAAAGGUUUGUUUCGCGCGUAUUGCCCACCUAGCUAUUGAAAAUCUAACAAAAUCAAUCAACAAUGAGUAAUGCUGCAUUCAUAGAUGAUUGGAACAGUAUAGUUCCGUUCAAAAUCAAAUCAAUUGAUUUGGAAAAACCUACGGAACAGUUUGUAUACAAAGCAAUACUCCAUUUUUUCAAGCUCAUGCAUUACGAUGUUUCCAGCUACGAAAACAUGUACAGUGAAUCAACCGAAACGAUCACAGCGAAACGAGUGGAACUAGUAGCGAGAAUCAACUACAUCUAUCAGCUGUGCUCAGAUUCGAAACAAACUUCCUUCUUUUACAUUGAUCUGGUCAAGCCAACGGGUAAAAAAAUAGUACAUCUAUUGAAGAUACUCCUAAACUAUCUGUUCUACAUCAACAUGGUGAAAGAAAGCGUACAGGAAAAGGCCAACAGUUGUACCGAGAAGUAUUUUGAGCUGAAAACCAAACUCAACCAGGAGCAAAUAACGAAGGAAGAAAACAAAAUUCGUGCCAACGAUAUCAACCGUCACAUAGAAGAUAUGAAAAAUCAGCUUCCCCAGUUGAAGCAUCAAAUGGAAGCACUUCACCAACGCAAAGACACACUACAGGAAAGCAUUGCUACAUUGAAAGUAAACGACCAAAAUCUGGCUGAUAAAAUUAUCCAACUCAAAGUUGAACACUCGGAACUUACCGAUCAGCUAGUAGCAGAUGAAGAGGCCGCUUCGAUGAAGAGCACAAAAAACUCCUUAGAACGAGAAAUCGAAAUUCUUAUCGAUGCGGAAAAACAACUUCAAAAAACCUAUGAAAUUCAUGUUGCAUCUAUCAAUGAGAUGAGACCGUGUAUUGCAAUUCUGGAAAAAUUGCUGCAAUAUGAUUUCAACGAUUGCUGCAAAAACUUGCAAAUCGAAUUAACCGAACUGAAUAAUUUGUACGAUAAGUUACAAAAACAAUACAGUUCUUUAAUGAGCUUUUCAGACGGUUUGCAAAAAAAUUGCAACGAUGUAGAAGCACUUAUUGCAGAGAAAAAUCAAGAGCUUAAUGUUCGGAAAAAAGUGUCAGAAAAGAGUGAGAGGAAAAGUGAUAACAAACUUGUCGAGCAGGAGGCCUGUCUUAAAGCUUUGCAAGAAAGCAACGAAAUGUAUGAACAAAUGGUGGUAGUUCAAAGACUAGAAGUGCAAAGAAUUAUUGAAAUGACUGAAGAAUCUUUGGUGCUUAUCAAGCAAAAUUUAGUUCCGUAGUGUGGUAAGAUUGGCUUGAGAGAGCUCAUCAUUUUUACACAAGUUUGCUCUGUCUGAUUUAAUUUGCUUAUCUAAAUAAUCAUACAUUUCUCAAUUCGUUUUAAAUUAACUUUAUGCAGGGCUACAUUUUAAUUAUCAUGCAAAAAAUGAUUCCUCUUCGAUGCACCUGGUUGCAUGAAAGGCCAGUAUAAGAUCCCUAAUGAACGUUUGAUUACCAAAUCAUUCGAUCUUCUUUGGAUAGAUACUUAAUAUAUAAUAGAUCUUUCGAAAGAUACGUAACACAGAAAGGAAAUAUAUAAUUUGGCAAACAACUUUCAACACACAAGACUGUUUGAUGUCUUCUAUGAUUCUCCCAAAUUCCAAGAUAUUUUUUGGCUGAAAGCAACAAGGAGAACAUCCAUUAGAUGUCCGCCAGCUACAUUUUUCCUAUCGUUUAUUGGUCUUUAAUUUUCCCUGUGAAUGUUUUAAAAAAUGAUUUGUUCUGUAUUUUAAUUGAGAACAAAUUUUUUAUACGAAAAACCUCAUUCAGUGCGAAAUUUGUUGCAAUUAUCGCCGAUAAGACGAUCUGAGCUGCUGAUAACGUAAAAAAUUACCUAAUAUUUAGCUCUUAGAAAUUUUCACCGCUAUAUCCUGAUUUCAUCACUUUUUGCGCCAAAUAAAUUUUAAUUAUAGAAUGAGGGAUCUAUUAUUCCUCCACCACCAUGCAUCUGAAUUAAAAUUUCAAAUAAUUCUUUUCAAUGUA